GACUUUUUAGCAACAUCUCAUGCGUCAUUUCCGCUGAACGUUAGCGUGAUGCUGAAUUAGGAAACUUGUUCAGCUCUAAACAGGAGGAAAAUUAAAGACCUCCAUCAUACAAUCCCAAAGUCAUCCACCUGAUUACUUUCUUGAAUACCAGACGAGCUGACCCUUCCUAUUACAAUCCACUCCCAUUCUUCCGAAAAACAUAUCGUUCUUGGUCUUGAAAAUACUUCCUCCUCCUGUUUUUGUUCUGUUUCUCCAUCUUUCCCUCGUUUAGUUCUACUUUUUCCCUCCCCUCCAUCAUGACUGAACCAGAGCUACUCACAGAGGUCCCUGCAUCUCUGAAACGGCUGGCCAAGCAGGUUGUGCGAGGUUUCUAUGGCAUCGAGCAUGCUCUUGCUCUGGAUGUGCUGAUUCGGAACCCCUGCGUACGUGAAGAGGACAUGCUGGAACUGCUCAAGUUCGACCGCAAGCAGCUGCGUUCGAUUCUGAACACACUCAAGGCUGACAAGUUUGUCAAAUGUCGUAUGCGUGUGGAGACGGCACCUGAUGGCAAGACGACACGACACAAUUACUAUUUCAUUAACUACCGGCUGCUGGUUAAUGUGGUGAAGUACAAGCUGGACCACAUGCGCAGACGCAUUGAGACGGAUGAACGUGACUCGACUAACAGAGCCUCCUUCCGCUGCCCCUGCUGCACGAACACAUUCACUGACCUUGAGGCCAACCAGCUGUUUGACCCCAUGACUGGAACGUUCCGCUGUACCUUCUGUCAAACAGAAGUAGAGGAGGAUGAAUCUGCCGUGCCAAAGAAAGAUGCCCGCACUCUGGUGGCGCGAUUCAACGAGCAGAUCGAGCCCAUCUAUGUAUUGCUACGAGAGACAGAGGACAUCAACUUGUCCCAUGAUCUUCUGGAGCCUGAACCGUCAGAAAUCCCAGCCCUAAAACAGAGUCGGGAGCGGGCCGCCCUGGCCGCAGGAGGAGCUGGUGCAGGGGUACCUGGUCGGGAAGUAUGGAAAAACAAAGGCUCAUCGUAUGACCUCUACUCGCAGGAUGUGGUCAUCAGCAUGGAAGACCAGGAGCCUCAGCCUGGCCAGACUACUGAGGGAAAAGCCCCCAAAGAGAGGCCCGUAUGGCUGACGGAAAGCACAGUGCAGGGAGCGUACAACGAGACAGAUGCUCUGAAGCAACCUGGCGAGGACUCUAUAGUAACCCAGGAGGGAAUAACUGCACGAGGAGCCGCACAGGAUGAGAACGAGGAGGUGAUGUUGGCUCUACUCAUUCAUGAGAAGAGGAGCGGAGUUGGUCCAGGAGGUGCCGUCGUUUCCAGACCGACCGUUCCAGCAGCUAACGCCAGCGACUCUGACAGCGAUACCAGUGAAUCUGACGAAGACUUGCCGCCUCAGGUUCCAGCCCACACUAUGCACAACGCUACAGCCCUGCGGCCAGGAAAACAAGAGGAUGAGGAGGACGAAGAAGAUGAUGAAUUCGAGGAGGUCGGGGACGACCCUGUGGUUAUGGUAGGGGGAAGACCUUUCCCUUACAGGGAAGUGAGCCAGAGACCCGAGCUGGUGGAACAGAUGAGCGCUCAGGAGAAAGAGGCAUACAUUGAGAUGGGCCAGAACCUCUUCCAGGACAUGUACUUCUGAGUUCAUCAUGUCUGUCUGCAUCACAUUCGUUCUCGCUGUUGUCCAUUUUUUUCUUUUUUAUUUUUUUCAUCAGAAUAGUUUCGAUCGGACUCCUUUGCACGGUCUCAAACGGUGUUGUGCGACGUGCCAGAGCUGAGAAAUGUAGUGUUAUAUCGUUGACCGUUCUUCUUCUUUCUCAUCCCUCUGCCAUAUUCGCAUAUGAAACUACUCUGGUGCCAAUGAUACCAAAGUAUCACGGUUGUAAACAAGAGUAUUGUACAUUGGCAAACAUGCUUGCAGCGCUACCUUUCCAGUUUGCUUGCGGUCUCGCCACAUUCAGAGACGUCCAAAUGAAUAACAGUGUUGCUGCAGUGACCUCUGGGACGGUUUUACCCAAAAGAAAACCCCAAACCGAAGAGUUCUGGGGCUUUUCUGACAUUUCUGACUUUUGAAUGACAGCAAGUGGCAAAUGUUGUUUUGUUCAAAGCUACCGAGACAUUUCUGCAUCUUGCUUUCAAGUCUUUUUCCAUGGCUCUUUUUCUCAACAGUAUUUAGCAGGACUUGCAGUUUGAAAGGAAAGACAAGCGAUUUUGUUUUCGGCUGACUGCUUUGACGUGAUAUUAAAUGGAGUUUUGAUGAGAUAUGUUUGUUUAGAGUAUGAUUGCUUUCCUUUCACAGCAGAAAUGAGCACUUUCUUCUUUUGAUCUCUGCCUCAGUGGACAUUACUCACUUCUGUUUGUUUAUCCAUAAGUGGAAAAAUAAUGUUUUUUUUUUUUAGUUUGUUAGACGUUUUACAGUAAUAAAAAGCUGAGUGUGAAAACUUCAAUCUGUGUA